UUUGGUCGUAGGUUCCUCUUGCCCUUCCUGUUCACUCGCAACAACAGUGAUGGCGGCUGCUGCUCGGCUCUUCAUUCGAGGUGCAAACUCGAAACUUUCCAUCGCCCCCAGCUCUUUAGGGGUCACGCUGCUAAAACUGUCGCCGAACUGCAGCUCCCGCACAAAAACACAACGAAGGCAUGCGACGCACUUUACCUUCCAGCCUGACCCCGUCCCGUCUCAGUACGGUCCUACCCAGAAGAUGAACUUGUUCCAGUCCAUUACGAGUGCCUUGGACAACACUCUGGCCAGCGAUCCUACCGCAGUCAUCUUUGGGGAAGAUGUCGCCUUUGGUGGAGUGUUCCGAUGCACAGUGGGGCUGAGGGACAAAUAUGGUAAGGACCGAGUCUUCAACACUCCUCUUUGUGAGCAGGGGAUUGUGGGAUUUGGCAUCGGUGUAGCUGUCGCUGGUGCCACAGCCAUCGCUGAGAUCCAGUUUGCUGACUACAUCUUUCCUGCUUUUGACCAGAUAGUCAAUGAAGCAGCCAAGUACCGCUACCGCUCUGGGAACUUGUUCGACUGCGGCAACCUCACCAUUCGGGCUCCGUGGGGGUGCGUCGGCCAUGGAGCCCUUUACCACUCUCAAAGUCCCGAAGCCUUCUUUGCUCACUGCCCGGGCCUCAAGAUUGUAAUACCUCGUGGUCCAAUUCAGGCCAAAGGGCUGCUCCUCUCCUGCAUUGCUGACAAGAACCCAUGCAUUUUCUUUGAGCCCAAGAUUCUGUACAGAGCAGCAGUGGAGCAGGUUCCCGAGGAACCUUACACCAUCCCGCUCUCACAGGCUGAGAUCUUACAGGAAGGAAGUGAUGUCACUCUGGUUUCCUGGGGAACGCAGAUUCAUGUGCUGAAGGAGGUGGCGUCCAUGGCUCAAGAAAAACUGGGAGUAUCCUGCGAGGUCAUUGAUCUACAGACCAUCCUACCCUGGGAUAUUGAAACCGUUUGCAAGUCGGUGGUCAAAACAGGACGCUUGCUUAUCAGUCACGAGGCACCGGUAACAGGAGGCUUUGCUGCUGAAAUCAGCUCUACAGUACAGGAGGAGUGCUUUCUUAACCUGGAGGCUCCCAUCAGCAGGGUCUGCGGUUACGACACCCCCUUCCCGCACAUCUUUGAGCCCUUCUACACCCCAGACAAGUGGAAGUGCUUUGAAGCAAUUAAGAAGAUGAUCAACUACUGAACCACCCCCAUCGGAGCCAACUCCUGGUAGCCCUGAACUUGAUCGCCUCUCCCUCUUCCUCUUCUUUCAUCCAGACAGUGGAGAGCAGCCAGGAAAAGACACUUUGUUGACCAUCCAAUCAGAAAGCAGUAACCAGAUGGGUUCCAUGUUGUUCUGUCCUCAAGCUAAAAGACUGUUACCAUAGCUCUGAAUUAGAGAGCCUUGUUCUUCUGCAAGGCAAAAGUGACUUCAUUUGCUCGAUGAACCUCCAUGUAAAGCACAUGUGAUUUAGUUAUCUCUUAGAUUAAAGUUGGAUACUGUGGGGAAAAGUGUAUUUGGUUUCAUUUGUGACUGUCUGCCUCUGUGGUGUUACUUUUGAUUUGACUGUGUCUAACUGUGCUCUAAUCUUCAUUUUGUUUGACAUGAACUGAACCUUGUUGUACUAAUAAAGGUGGAUCUGUGGAUUUUAAGGAAAAUAAAAGAUGCCGGAUUGGUGAAAGCA